CCCACCAUCACUGCAGAAGGCUGCAGAGAAUCCUCUCUGAGGCACUUGGUUCACUCAUCCACAUACCACUUGUUGUGGGACAGCGGGGUUCUGGGAAUUGGCUUUUCCCAGCUCAGUCACCAGCACCUUCCUUGAGGGGGGGUCGUAGAGCUGGCAUUGAAGCAUCCAAACCUGGUGGUGCUGCAGCUGGAUGUCACAGAUCCAAACAGCAUAAAGGCAGCUGCGCAGAGAGUGGAGGAGCAUGUGCAAGGACAUGGACUGAAUCUCCUGAUAAACAACGCUGGCAUUGCACGGGUGACCACCAUGGAGAAUGAGAACGUUGAGACCAUGGCAAUUGUAUACCUAACUAACACAGUUGGGCCCCUGAUGGUGAGCCAGGAGUUCCUGCCAUUGCUGAAGAAGGCUGCCCAGCAGAGCACCCAGACAGGGCUGAGCUGCAGCAAGGCCGCCAUUCUCAACAUGUCCAGCAUAGCUGCUUCCAUAGAAGUAGUUCCACAGUGGGAAUUAUGGAAAAUACCCAGCUACCGCUGCAGCAAGGCUGCUCUGAACAUGGUCACCAGGUGCCAGUCCUUGGAGUACAAAGACUAUGGGAUUCUCUGCACUUCUAUCCACCCUGGCCAGGUGAAAACCAGAAUGGGAACAGAAAAGGCCCCACAGACCGUGGAGGAAACCACUCAAGCAAUCCUGAAGAUGCUUUCCACGUUCUCUGAGAAGGAGAAUGGUUCCUUCGUGGGCUGGGAUGGAAAAAUCUAUCCCUGGUGAGACAUGAGCUUGCCAGGUGUGAUUAGAUCAUAGAGGUGCCUGCAAUGUUACCUGUACCUGACACCCCAAUAAACAAC